GGUGUGCUUGCUCCGGAAGAUCAACACCCAGGGACCUCAGCAACCCUCCGGUUUGCCGCUCCGAAGGGUCUUGUGUUUUUUUUUUUCCUCUUCCCUUCAUUUCUUGAGGCAACGUGGAUUUAUUUACCCUGCCCCGCUUCUCCUCCGCCGCUCGUUAUUUUUAGAGGACGGGGAGAGGGAAGAAAGCGAACAAUUUUGGACUUCUUUUUGCUUUGUUUUGUUUUCGGAAAGGGGGUUUUUGUCCAAUUAAAGAAAGAGGAAUGAAGUCUGGCGCUGGAGGAGGGUCCCUCGCCGUCGUCUGGGGGUUCCUGCUCGUCUUCGCCGCACUUUGUCUGUGGCCAACAAAUGGGGAAAUUUGCGGGCCAAACGUUGACAUUCGCAACGAUAUCCACGAGCUGAAGCGCCUGGAGAACUGCACGGUGAUCGAGGGCUUCCUGCAGAUCCUGCUCAUCUCCAAAGCCGAGGAUUACCGCAACUUCCGCUUCCCAAAGCUCACUGUCAUCACUGACUAUUUGCUGCUGUUCCGUGUGGCAGGCUUGGAAAGCCUCAGUGAUCUCUUCCCCAACCUCACAGUCAUUCGUGGCAGGAACCUCUUCUACAACUAUGCCUUGGUUAUCUUUGAAAUGACAAAUCUUAAAGAGAUUGGGCUGCACAACUUGAGGAACAUCACCCGCGGGGCCAUCCGGAUCGAGAAGAACUCUGACCUGUGUUACCUCUCCACGGUGGACUGGUCUCUCAUCCUAGAUGCAGUGUCCAAUAACUACAUUGUUGGGAAUAAACCUCCAAAGGAAUGUGGGGACUUGUGUCCAGGAACAAUGGAGGAGAAGCCAUUGUGUGAGAAGACAUCUAUUAACAAUGAGUACAACUACCGCUGCUGGACCACCAACCACUGCCAGAAAAUGUGCCCCAGCUCGUGCGGGAAGCGAGCCUGCACAGACCAAAACGAGUGUUGCCACCCCGAGUGCCUGGGGAGCUGCACGGCGCCCGACAACAACACGGCGUGCGUGGCCUGCCGCAACUACUACUACGAGGGCGUGUGCCUGCCCACCUGUCCCCCCAACACCUACAAGUUCGAGGGCUGGCGCUGUGUCACCAGGGAGUUCUGCUCCAAGGUCCCCGCCACGGACGCCAGCGAGUACGAGAAGUUUGUGAUUCACAACGACGAGUGCAUGGCCGAGUGUCCCUCGGGCUUCAUCCGCAACGGGAGCCAAAGCAUGUUCUGCAGCCCUUGUGAGGGACCUUGCCCCAAAAUCUGUGAGGAUGGAAAAACAAAGACCAUUGACUCGGUCACAUCAGCACAAAUGUUGCAGGGAUGCACAAUUCUCAAGGGAAAUCUGCUGAUCAACAUCCGCCGUGGAAAUAACAUUGCCUCAGAACUGGAGAAUUUCAUGGGUCUGAUUGAGACAGUAACAGGGUAUGUGAAGAUUCGUCAUUCCCAUGCACUGGUCUCCCUGUCUUUCCUGAAGAACCUGCGGUACAUUCUGGGAGAGGAGCAGGUGGAUGGGAAUUAUUCCUUCUACGUGCUUGACAACCACAAUCUUCAGCAGCUGUGGGACUGGAACCAUCAUAACUUGACAAUCAGUGAGGGGAAGAUGUACUUUGCAUUUAAUCCUAAACUGUGUGUUUCUGAGAUUUACCGUAUGGAGGAGGUUUCAGGAACCAAGGGACGACAGAGCAAAGGAGAUAUAAAUCCAAGGAACAAUGGGGAGAGAGCCUCUUGUGAAAGCAAAAUUCUGCAUUUUGUUUCCAACACGACGCUCAAGAAUCGGAUUAAGCUGACAUGGGAGCGGUAUCGCCCUCCGGAUUACAGAGACCUCAUCAGCUUCACUGUUUACUACAAAGAGGCACCAUUCAAAAAUGUGACAGAGUACGAUGGGCAAGAUGCAUGUGGCUCCAACAGCUGGAACAUGGUUGAUGUUGACCUGCCACCAAACAAAGAGAACAAUCCUGGAAUUUUGCUGCAGGGAUUGAAGCCUUGGACUCAGUAUGCCAUUUAUGUCAAGGCUGUUACCCUCACAAUGAUGGAAAAUCAUCAUAUUCAUGGAGCAAAAAGUGAAAUUAUCUAUAUUCGAACCAAUGCUGCAGUGCCAUCCAUUCCCCUGGAUGUUAUUUCAGCAUCCAACUCCUCAUCCCAGCUGAUUGUGAAAUGGAACCCUCCCUCUCUUCCCAAUGGGAACCUCUCCUACUACAUCGUGCGCUGGCAGCAGCAGCCUCAGGACAGUUACCUGUACAGACACAACUACUGCUCCAAAGAUAAAGUCCCAAUUCGAAGGUAUGCUGAUGGGACCAUUGAUACAGAAGAAGCCACUGAGCCCACCAAGCCAGAGGGCUGUGGGGGAGAAAAAGGACCUUGCUGUGCUUGUCCCAAGACAGAGGCAGAAAAGCAAGCGGAGAAGGAGGAAGCAGAGUACCGGAAAGUCUUUGAGAACUUCCUUCAUAACUCCAUCUUUGUCCCCAGGCCUGACCGGAAGCGGAGGGACGUGUUCCGGAUCGCCAACGCCACCCUGGCCACGCGGAGCAGGAACGCCACCGGCACCGAGCACUUCACCAACGCCUCUGACACGGAGGAGAGCGAGGUGGAAUAUCCCUUCUUUGAGACCAAGGUGGAUGGCAAGGAGAGAACUGUGAUCUCCCACCUGCAGCCUUUCACUCUCUACCGCAUCGAUAUUCACAGCUGCAACCACGAGGCCGACACGCUCGGCUGCAGCGCGUCCAACUUCGUGUUUGCCAGAACCAUGCCCUCAGAGGGAGCAGAUAACAUUCCAGGAACAGUAUCAUGGGAAGCAAAAGAGGAAAAUACUGUCUACCUGAAGUGGUUGGAGCCUGCAAAUCCAAAUGGGCUGAUCCUGAUGUAUGAAAUCAAAUAUGGGCAGCACGGCGAGGAGAAGCGGGAAUGUGUUUCCAGACAGGAAUACAAGAAACUUGGAGGAGCUAAACUCACUCACCUGAACCCUGGAAACUAUUCAGCCAGAGUUCAGGCCACUUCCUUAGCUGGGAAUGGGUCCUGGACUGAGCCCAUCUCUUUUUAUGUGCAGCCCAAAUCAGCAAACUAUGGAAACUUCCUGCACUUGGUAAUUGUGCUCCCUAUUGCUCUGCUGCUCAUCCUUGGGGGAUUGCUGAUAAUGCUCUAUGUCUUCAACAAAAAGAGGAACAGUGACAGACUGGGCAAUGGGGUACUUUAUGCUUCUGUGAACCCCGAGUACUUCAGUGCCUCAGAUGUGUAUGUUCCAGACGAGUGGGAGGUGCCCCGGGAGAAGAUCACCAUGUGUCGGGAGCUGGGGCAAGGCUCCUUUGGGAUGGUGUACGAGGGAAUUGCCAAGGGGGUGGUGAAGGAUGAGCCAGAGACCAGGGUGGCCAUCAAGACGGUCAACGAGUCGGCGAGCAUGCGCGAGAGGAUCGAGUUCCUGAACGAGGCCUCGGUGAUGAAGGAGUUCAACUGUCACCAUGUGGUUCGGCUGCUUGGUGUUGUUUCUCAGGGCCAGCCUACACUGGUUAUCAUGGAGCUGAUGACACGUGGGGACCUCAAAAGUUACCUGAGAUCAUUGAGGCCAGACACAGAGAACAACCCUGGGCAGGCGCCCCCAACCCUGAAGAAGAUGAUCCAGAUGGCAGGAGAGAUCGCGGACGGCAUGGCUUAUCUCAACGCCAACAAGUUCGUGCACAGGGACCUCGCCGCCAGGAACUGCAUGGUGGCCGAGGACUUCACUGUCAAAAUUGGAGAUUUUGGCAUGACAAGGGAUAUCUACGAGACGGAUUAUUACCGGAAAGGAGGGAAGGGUUUGCUGCCUGUGCGCUGGAUGUCCCCGGAGUCGCUGAAGGAUGGAGUCUUCACCACGCACUCCGACGUCUGGUCCUUCGGCGUGGUGCUGUGGGAGAUCGCGACGCUGGCGGAGCAGCCGUACCAGGGCAUGACCAACGAGCAGGUGCUGCGCUUCGUCAUGGAAGGGGGGCUGCUGGAAAAGCCUGACAAUUGUCCCGACAUGCUGUUCGAACUGAUGCGCAUGUGCUGGCAGUACAACCCCAAGAUGAGACCCUCCUUCCUGGAAAUCAUCGGUAGCAUCAAAGACGAGCUGGACCCAGCCUUCAAAGAGGUCUCCUUCUUCUACAGUGAGGAGAACAAGCCUCCGGACACAGAGGAGCUUGACCUGGAGACUGAGAACAUGGAGAGCAUUCCUUUAGACCCCUCCUCCACCCUGCAACCCACUGACAAGCACUCAGGACACAAGGCCGAGAACGGCCCCGGCGUGGUGGUGCUGCGGGCCAGCUUCGAGGAGCGGCAGCCGUACGCGCACAUGAACGGCGGCCGCAAGAACGAGAGGGCGCUGCCGCUGCCCCAGUCCUCGGCCUGCUGAUCCCGGAGCCAGAGCCUCGCAGAAACAAAACACACACAAACACAGGCAUUGGGGGAAGAAAGAAAGAAAAUCACAAUAUAUUCAAAAGCCUACUGUACCUCAGUGGAUCUUCAGAACUGCCAUAGCUGCACUUGGGAGAACCCUUUUUUCAGUAAAACAAGUUGCCGUCUUCUUCUUUUUUUUCAAUAUGCAAGCAGAUGUUUGUUUCAGUCAAGGACUCCAGUCAUGGGGCACACAGUUGGCCUUUUAAAACUCUUAAUGUUAACACUUAAUAGCAACAGAAAACUUGAGAUCUGAUGUCUCUCUCUCCUCUCUCUUCUCUCUUCUUUCUCUUUCUUUCUGUCUCUCUUUUUGCUUCAUAAUGGGAAACAUAUCUGCGUGCAAGUUCAACCGUACAGCACUUUUAUCAGAUCAAAGAUAUUGCAGGCCAGGUGGUUCCCAGUACCCCUGCAAGCACCUGCCUAACACUGUAGGUCUUUAUAAAAAAAACCACAAACAAAAAAAACACAAACAAACAAAAAAACCACACACAAAAAAACCCUAAACUAAAAAAGACUGGAUUUUUAAUGUUGCUCUUUAAUCUUUUUAGGAACAUGUAAAAGAAUAAAAAAGGGCCAUCAUUCGUCCAAGGCUGUUACCAUUUUCAACGCUGCCAAAUUUUGCCAAAAAAAAAAUGAACUCUUUGUUUUUUGUUUUCGUUUGUUUUUUUGGUUUUUGUUCUUUUUUUUUUUUUUGUAGUCAUGGAAGGAGCACAGUAAUCAACUGCUCUGUUCAAAACAGAUCCUGACCAAUAUGUUCUAUUCAGUCAUGCACUGGUAUUUAAAAAAAAUAAUUUAAAAAGUCAAAUUGUCUAGAUCUUUUUUUAAAACUGGACAAAAUGUGAUUUUUUUUUUCUUUUCUUGUGAUGGAGAAGAUAAAAGGGAUGGGGUAAAGAACCAGCCCUCCCUCCACCCCUGUCCCCAUCCCAGUGAAUUCUGGACAAAACUGGCAGUGGUGAGCUAAACAAACACGUGCAUUUCGUACAAAAAAAGUCAUCUGCCUGCCAAAAAUGAGUUACGAAAAACCUGAAAAUAAGCGGCCGAGAUCUCCAUCGUUGCAGCCUGCCUUCCUUCACAGGCUUGCAAGGAAAAAACACCUAGAAACAUAAAUUGGAGAAGACAAAAAAAAGCAGUAACCGGAUUCAAGUAUAUGAUGCUUUGUUGACCUUUUCUCUUUAUUAUUAAGACUUCUCGAAGGGUCUUGCAGUUCUAUGUUAGACCAUGGAUCAUUUGCAUACACAUUGUCUUUUGUGUCACUUUUAUAACUUUCUUACGGUUCAGAUACUCAUCUAUAUGUCUGUACAGAAAAAAGCUGCUAUUUUUUUUGUUCUUUAUCUUUGUGGAUUUAAUCUAUGAAAACCUUCAGGUCUGCCCUCCUUCCCUUCCCUUCCACUUCAACAAAUUUUCUUAUGCUUUGUACUAUAGUGUGUAACUUUUACUUCCUCCUUCCCAGUAACUGAUACCUUUCAUAUGAUUUGCCAUGAACUGUUUAAUGCCUUUUUAUAAAUACAUUUCCUCCUUUUUUUUUUAUUUUAAUUUUUUUUAGAUUUUUUUUUCCUUCCCAUUAGUUGUUUUACAACAUCUUGGCUGUGUGGGCUACAGGGCUUUGGAGGGGGACAAGGAGAAAGAAGGGACACCCCGCACGGGAACACUCUGGCAGUGCUGUGGUGUGGUGUUUUUAAGCCCCAGUUUUCCUUCCUUCCCACUCACCUCUGCCCAGACAGCACGUGAGUCUCUUACAGUGCAAGGCGUGAUACAAACUCAGGUCAGAAACAAAAGGUUAACUAUUUAGUACAUUCUUGUUCAGUGUUUCUAUUCAUUGUUGUACAAGGGUCCUGCCCCUCCUGCCCUCCCCGCUUGUUCUGGUCGUGGCACGCAUCCACCCGCCCAUCCCCACACAGACACACACACACACGUAUUCUUUUUAAAUUAUUAGUUGGGUACAACAGCAGACACCAGGCUUUUGGGUCACUGAUCCUUACAAAGAUCCUUUUAACCCUUCCACCCUGUGAACAAGUGCCAGGUGCAGUGGCGAUGCCAGGCAUCCCUCGGGUGGCCGCUGAUCCCCUGGCUCCAGCCAGCCCCAGCUCUUCACCUCCCUGCUGGGCAAGCCCUGGUGGAGGGAAGCCUUUCUGGGGGGCCCCUGGGCAGCACUUCCCACCCUGGUGGAGAAACCACCCCCAGCCAAAGGGAAGCCCCCGCGCCGUUCCCUGGGGCCGGGGGAGCUCAGGGCCGGCGGCUUGGCUGGCGAACAGCGAAGUGUUGGCAGCUAUGAAAACCUGUACAAGUCCAAGCUUGUGGCUUAAAUCACAGACCAAACCUCAGAACAAAAGAAGACGAGCGAGCUUGUUUGUUCAGUUGCAGAAGCCUUGGUGAGAGGAGGAGGAGGAGGGGCUGUCAGGAGUGGUACCAGUUGCUCAUCUUAUCUUAGUUCCAGUCUAGGCCUUUGUUUAGCACUGAUCCAACCAAACGAUGGCAGGAAGAGGUGGUUCUGGGAUGGAAAUGUUCAAAUCUUUGAGUAAGAACAAUGAGUUAAAAUAUACUGAUUGCUAGUUUUGACUGGAGAUUUUUAAAAGUUUGUAGUGCUUUUUGCUUGUGUAGUUUAGGUCCCAUUAUCUUCUCUUGCCUCUGUCCCAUAGUUAUUUUUCCCUUUUGAAAAUGAAAAAGACAAAAAAGUUAAUUAAGAAGGUAUUCUAUGUAGGAUUUUUUAUUUAUUUUUGUGAUAUCAGUUUAAAUCACUGUAGAGAUGCCCCAUAAUGAAUUUAAAUACUGAGAUAAGGGUUUUAGAGUAUGACAGGGGGACAGUUUUUGAUUUUUUUUUUUCAAACAUUUAUCUACCUCACUCUUAUUUUUUUAUAUGUGUGUAUAUAAAAAAAAUACAUCUCACAUUUCUCAGCAGCCAAUAAAUGCCGUUGAUACUGGUAACCUCUCACUCCAUAUACCACAUGCUCUAGGUUCUGGAGGGGAACAGUCACUGCCUGUCACAGAGAGUCACCUCAGAAUAUUUCCCUCAAUUCCAAGGGGUUUCUCCGAUUUUUAAAAAAUUGUUGUUGUGAGGAGAAAUCCAAGAGUUGUCUGACUUAGGGUUCUUUAAGCAAACACAGAGGAUUUUAAUGUGCUGUCACAGCAGCCCUUGGGUCAGCAGCGAAACGCUGCAUGUUUGAAAAAGUGGAAAUGCAUCUGACCUGAUAUGGGAACUUCACAUUGUGAGUAUUUCCUGAAACCUGUUACAGAAAUCAAACGUUCACAACGUUGGAAGAAAUACUAAAGGGAAUGGUCUUUCUGUUUGUCCUGCAGAAUGGACUGAGUCAUUCCUGCCAGUUCUUGCUCAGAUGUCACAAGCAUCAAAAAUAUAUCAGAACCCAAAAUAAAUUGGCUUAUAUGGGAUGGCAUUGCUUUCCUGACCAAAACCUGUCACAGGCUGCCUGAUGAUAAUACUACAUCAAAUUUCCAGCUUUUGUCUUCGCUGCUUCUGUUUGAUGAGAGCACUGAUUUUUUUUUUAAAUUACUUUUUUUUCCCAAACUAACAUUGAAUUGAUUUCUUUUAAUGUGCCAGUAAAAAGUCAGUUCCCUUUUCUUCCCCUGUUUAUAUGCAUUGUAACUGUGGAUUCUGAUGGACCAGCCAUCAAAUUUUAACUGCCCUCUGACAGCGUGUAACUGGUUUACAAGCACACAGGACUAACACGAGCUUGCCAUCAACUUGCUGUAUAAUGUUUCCUUUUUUCCAGCUCUGGCAGCUGUUGGUGCAGGUGUUGGUUGUGGUAUCUGAGUAAUGUGGUGCUUGGCUACUUGGAGUUGUACCCAGCCUCUUGGGUACACAGUGUGCUGUGGUUAAUUACUACAGUUUGUCUUUGGAGGGAGUGUUUCUCCCUAGUCCUGAGAAACCAGCAAAAUUGGAAGUUUUCGCUACAUUGGUUUGGUUUUCCAUGUUUGAUGAUGUUCUAGUGACCUUUGGGUGCAGUGGCUGUUCCUCUCCCUUGCACAUAUUGAUUACCACAACUGGAGAUCCUCAGAUCUUUCAGCUGGCUAGGAGGGUUUUGUUAAAACUGUCCAAGUUACUGGUUUGUAGAAUUGUAUGUAGGUGGUUUUACAAUGCAUUAGGAAGAAACACUAAUGACGUAGCAUCACGAGAAGCAUUUCAAAAAGCACUUCAGUAGAAGACAGCCACGAGGCCUCACGUCCGUGUGUGUGAUGGCAGUCAGCUCUCCUGGACCAAACCACCUUCAUGAUACCAUUGCGUUCUGUGUUUGCAAUUCAAGCUUAAUUCCUUUUUUGUUCUGUUUGUUUCCAUAGCUUUUUUUGUUGUGUUUUGUGCAUUUUGAAUAGCUUUAUUCACAUGGGUUUUUCAUGCAGACUUCCCUUGGACAGUAAAUCGAGUUGUUUGUGCAUGUGAACAACUGAGAAUUAAUGUUGGCUUGAUAGAGUCAUAAUAUGGUUUGUAAUGUUGUUCUUCCCUGAGACCACUGGCUUGUCUGGUAUGGAAAAUUUAUUUAGAACUUCAGCUAUGUUUGAAUAAAGUUAAAGUAAUCCA